AUGCUGCCUCGAAGGUUAAUCUUCUAUUGUCAUGCGAACGAGCAGUUGAAAUUAUUUUUGCAAACAUGUGCAUUCCAUGAAAGUGGCAAAAUAAAAACAGGGGGUCACGCCUACAGCUCCAUCGUAGGAAAAUACAACAAAAGUGAAAAGAAGAAAUUUGUUAUCUCGUCAUGUAAACAUUUGACGGAAUUUAAGAAUGGUCAUCAUGGAAAGCACAAAGUGGAGAAAGUAGCGAACCGAACAGGUCCGCAAAGUAGCAACAAUGUUUACCUAAACAAAAUAACGCACAAACAAAAUGAAAAAAAAAAAAAAUGCGAUAGAAACGAAAUGACAGAAAUCGUACAAGUCUCGAAAAUAAACAAUAGCUAUAUAAGAUAUAUUUUGCCCCAAAAGGGGUUGCAAUAUUUAUACACAUACCAGUAUGCUCUGAUUGAGCUACUAAACCGGAGCAAUAACGUCAUAAUAAGUUUGCUGUACUCUGACUGCAUGGUAUCGUACGUGGUUUAUUCAUUUUACAAAAUAAAUGCAGCUAAUGUGGAUGCGCAAGAGGGAGUAGCAACGUCCAAGAGGGAAGAGGACAACACUAUUUUGAUAGGAGAUCAGACAAAGAAGGGGCGAAAAAAAUAUAAUUUCGUAUGCCCAGACAAGUCUGUACUCAUGGUGGCCUCAUCACAGGCACAAACAUCUGCUCUGUACGAAAUGAUAAUAAAGUUAAAACCGCCACAUGUGUCCACCUACUUAAUAAAUAACGAAGAGAACAUUCAAACUGUUCGAAGUAAUUAUUUUCUGUACAAUAUAAUAAUUUUGAAUGCAGAAAACUUUCUCCCCCAAUAUGAUUUUUCCGUUCUACUAGACCUUGUGAAUUUUAUCAUAAUUGAUGAUUUGAGCGAGCUGUAUCAUUUAAAAAUGGACUGUACGGUCAAAAAUAUUUUAACAUUCUGUAAGGAAAAACAGGACAGAGGGGAUGCUUUGCAACUUCUGUUGGUAAAUAAAUCGCAUGAUCAGUGGGUUGUAAAUGAUUUGCUGCAGCAUGCUCACAGUGUGAAGUAUGAGCUUCUUGCGGAAGGGGAUGGGUGUCAGGUUCACGGGGUUGACGCACUUAGGACAUUUAAUCAGCGUACCUCUGGUCGUGCUUUGCCCGACAAUGAGCGGGGGAAAUAUCCAUCAGGGAAGAAAACACAUAGCCGUGGUAAAACCACCACGAAUGUUACUCCACGAUUGGGAGAAAUCUUCCACUACGUCAACCUACGCAAGUACAGAAAGAACAACUGCGACCAUUUUAGCAUUUGUGCCCCCAUGAGUGAAGACAAAAAAUUCUUAAUUCUUUUUUACCUUUUAAAAAAGAACAAAGGUAAAAGGAUCAUAAUUUAUUAUAAUAAGUGUGACGUGUACGCGUUUUAUGGAUUUGUCAAUGCGUAUAUCCCUUGCAUGUUCGUGUCGAGUUCGCACAAAGUCGACUACAAGAAUAGCAUAGUGAGGAGCUUCAACAAGACGAGGGAAUAUGUGCUAAUCACCGACGAUAUGAGCAUAAAAAAGGCUUACCCCGUGGAUGCGAAUGUUCAUAUACACUAUACCUUUCAACAGGAUGCUAAUUUGUACGUGGACGCGUUGUUCGAGGGGGUUCCAGGAGCGACACACGGUGAUGCGGGUAGCGAUGUUGCAGGUAGCCUCGUGGAUCGAAGUGGUCACUCCGCUAACAUUACCCCCCUUGCCGGUACGCAGUCUAUCCUGUUUUACAGCAAAAAGCAACGCAUGCUGUACGAAGAGAUCAACGCGAUUUUUAAUUUCAAGAGUUACCCUCUGCCAUCUGCCAAAGAGCUAAAGGAUAAUUUCCUCACUUUUCUGAUUGACGAAAUUAAGGAGGUCCUUAUUGAAGACAAUAAACACGUAGAAGAGGCCGAAAAAAUUCAUGAGAAAUAUGGGCACGCUUUCCUCUCCGCAGCGUUAUAUUAUAUACAAAAAAAAAAAUUGUUUAAGAAGAAUUUUAAGAAAAAGGAAUUUUCCAAUGUGACGUUCAUUGUAGAGAGGAACGCGCAGUUAAACACUAAGGGGAAAGUUAUAAUUUUUUUAAACGAAUUGUUGAAUUUAAAAAAAAGUGUUGGAGACAUCAAUUUUUUUGUGCAAAAUUAUGUGUACUGCAAGAGGGGAUAUAUUAUGACUGUUUCAGAGGACAUAUACAACGUUAUGCACAAGAAUAAAAGUACCGGCGCAAAUGCAGGCAGGUGGGCAGACAUGCACAUGUAUAUUUUGUACAAUAACUUUGAAAAUCGGCUCAGAGCUACGCAUCGCAGGAGGGGAGUAUACCAGUCGAAGAAGUCGCUCAGGAGACUCAAAAAACGAAUGAACAUGAAGAUGGAACGAGUCGAAAUGAAGAAACUGAAGAGCUGGAUGUCCUCCACAUUUAAGUUAAACAGGAGAAACGUAAAAAAGGAUGCUUCGCUAGGGGUAACAGAGGGUCAGGCGACUUGA